GCUUGCUCUUCGUCUGGUAACAUACGCUUUUUUCGUCUGCGCUUGUAGUUUUUCAUUGUACACUUAGGCCUCCGAGGAUUAUAUCCAUGGUCACAUUCGCUCGGAACCACUGCCGUACCCACUUCCGCCCAUACGACUAUACCACCAUCAUGCACUCCACCCGACCUCGAUGCCAUCUUUGUCUCACUACACGUCCUACAAAGUCUGCUCAUAGGACAUUCUCCUGUAGCGUUAUCUCAAAGACCCAUCAUUAUCAAACUCUGUCUGUUCCCCGGGAUGCUACAAAGAAUCAGAUAAAGUCGAGCUUUUACAAGCUUAGCAAGCUAUACCAUCCUGAUGUAGCAAAGGAUCUCGGAGCUAAAGAGAAGUUCCAGGCGGUCAGUGAAGCCUAUGCCAUUCUCGGAGACGACCGCCGGAGGCGUGCAUAUGACAAGACUCUAGGAUCAACAUCAAGUAAUGGACACCCCGCUCAUCAUGCAUCAUCGUACGCGUACCAAUAUCCUUACGACACAGUCCGCAGGAGAGGCGCAACCCAUGCCUGGUCGUAUGCACGAACAUCUAGCCACGCUCACAGUAGAGCAUCAGGUUCAACUCACAAAGCUGGCUUUGGAGCUUCAUUUGAAUCAUCCCAUCCUCACGCUCGACGACACUCUGAUCCGUUCGCAUCACCUAAUGUCCAAAAGGCUACCGGACGCAGGAAAACAGUCGGUGAUCAUACCGAGGCAGACAGAGUCACUGCUGAGUCAAGUUUCUGGAGGGCAAUACAGGUCAUUGGUGUUGUGCUAUUUGUUGUUACAGUGGGGGGCGGCUUCGGAGCAGUCGCAUAGCAUUAACAAAGUGCACAUACCAAGGCUUUGACAUUUAAAGUGUGUGGUAUGCUGGUACAAUUCUCCUUAUCUCACUAUUACUGAGAACGCUGUCGACGAUUGUUCAGCCAAUGAAGGACGUAGACACGCUAGUGCACAUACGGGGGUUCAAGGAAGGUAUGACUGAAGCGUGCGGUUUUGCUACGCAGACGUGGGCUCGACUUUUGUACGAGGCUGAUAACUUGGGAAAAUUACCUGCUCCGAUCUGUAGUUUGAUCAUGGAUGACUCUGUAGAAGCAGGCAUCAGUCGAAUGCGGCGGGAGUCUAGAUAGCGAGGAAGAGAGCUGAAGUACUACUUC